GGUCCCCGCCCCGCCUUACCCCCGGCUUAACCCGGCCCGGUACGGCCCGGCCGGCACUCGGCGCCCGCCAUGGCGGGCCAGUGUCAGGGCGGUGCGGGCAGUCCGCCGGCUCUGCUGCUGAAAAUCGUGAUGGCCGGGGAGUCCUGCGUGGGAAAGACCUCCAUCGUGCGGAGGUACACGGACUCCGCCUCGCAGCCCGUCGGAGCUCCCACCUCCUCCUCCUACUUGGCCACGAUCGGCAUUGAUUUUAAAGUCAAGCUAGUAACAUUUAAUGACACAAGAGUGAAACUUCAAAUAUGGGAUACUGCUGGCCAGGAACGAUUCCAUACACUUAGUACUAGCUAUUUUCGUGGUGCACAAGGGUUUGUCCUUGUAUAUGACAUCACAAAUCUGGAGAGUUUUCAAAAUAUAACAAUGUGGAUGAAAGACAUACAUGAGAAAGCAGGUGAUGAAGUGGACGUAAUACUGUUGGGCAACAAAUGUGAUAAGGAGUCAGAACGUGUAGUUCCAAAACAGAAAGGAGAAAAGCUUGCUUGGGAACAUGGAAUACCCUUUUUUGAAACCAGUGCUAAAGAUAAUGUGAACAUUGAGGAUGCAUUCUUAGUCUUAACUAAGGAAAUACUGGAAAAGAAAUCCUGUGUAUUAUAUGACUUUGAUGUUGUGACUCUAAAUGGAAGUAAGAAGAGAACCUGCUGUGCAUUCUGAAAUGCAGUUUCCAUUUUCUUUUCAGAAAAUAUUAACUGUUGCAAAGGAACAUAUAAGGUUUUAAAAGUGAGACUGUAAUACCAAAACACAGCAUUUAGUUAGCCUUUAUAUAGCAAAAACUUUUUUUGCCAAAUGUUUUGAUAUGUUUAUAUUAUAUUUUCAUAUUUUUAAUAUGAAGUUAAAACAAUUAUCUGGCUUUGGAGUUACCAGAUGCUUCUCAGGAGUACU